AUGCAAUGGAAGAACGGUGAUACAACGAAUGGACAAGUUGUUGCUGGUGGUAAAGGCGAAGGAAAUGGAUUACAUCAAUUGAAUGGUCCAACUGAUGUAUUAACUGACAAAGAGACGGAUAGUCUCAUUGUUUGCGAUUAUGGAAAUCGACGAGUUGUACGAUGGUCUCGUCGUAGUGGUACAACACAAGGUGAAAUACUCAUCGACAACAUCAAUUGUUAUGAACUAGCAAUGGAUGAGCAGAGAAAUCUCUACGUCUCUGACACCGGAAAACAUGAAGUAAGACGAUAUCAAUUGGAUAAGAAGAAUUACACUCUCGUAGCUGGUGGAAAUGGACAAGGUGAUGGACUCAAUCAACUCAACUGGCCGACAUAUCUCUUUGUCGACCGAGAUCAUUCAGUGUACGUAUCAGACUGCAACAAUCAUCGUGUAAUGAAAUGGAAUAAAGGUGCAACAGAAGGUAUUGUGGUCGCUGGAGGACAAAAUGAAGGGAAUGCUCUGACAAAAUUGUAUUAUCCUAAUGGAAUCUUCGUUGAUACGUUGGGUACACUCUAUGUAGCAGACUCGAAUAAUGAUCGUGUAAUGCGUUGGACUCAAGGAGACAAGAAACAAGGCGCUGUAAUUGUGGGUGGAAAUAGUAAAGGAGCAGAACCAAAUCAGUUAUACAGCCCCAUCGGUUUGUCUUUCGAUCGACAUGGUAAUCUCUAUGUCGCUGAUGCAGGUAAUAGUCGUGUUCAACGAUUUUCUAUCGAAUAA